GCCGGGAAUGCCAACGUCCACGGUGCCUUACGAAGUCCUCCUCGAGUUCUCAAAUGACACUAUCGAGCCGGUCACUCUACAAGUGCUGCGACACGACAGCGGCUCUCGCACGGGAGCCACAAUAUUCUUACACAGCGGAGAAAGCAUAUCGCUCGUAUUAACGGCUGGCUUGCCGUAUAAAUACGCAGCGAAGCUAGGAGGAAGGGAGGCUAUGCUGUCUGUCAAAGUCUGGCAAGACAGCCGCUGCAACUUGUCGGACGUAGCAUCUGAGUCAGAUCUGCUGGCGCGAAAAUGCGACGGUGUGUCUAGAGUGGUGAUGGAGGGGAUCUCUGUAGCGUCGCUUGUCGAAACGCGCGCCACCAUCCGCCGCUAG